AUGGCCAAGCUGAAGGCCAAGAAUCUACGCGAGGAGGAUCUCAACGAUAAACGUGAGGCUCGAAAAGCCGAAUUGACCGCAUUUCGGUGGUUGAGAGGGGUCACUUUUGGCUUAGAGAUCGCCAAGAUUUGCGGACAUUGCAACGACAAGAAGACGGCUGCGAAGACAGUUUCUGAAGCGAGUGCCGACACGUUCUUUGGUCUAUUCGUUAAGCAUGUUGGAACUUUGGAGGAAAAGGGAGUGGUUGUCGCGGUGCUCGAUGCCUCAUUUGAUGUUCUCGUUUUCAAAUAUGGAGUGGUUAAGCGAGUCUAUGUGAAUCGACUCGAUAUGGCUCGUGACCCGGAAUUCCACGAAAAUGCUGCGCCACCACGUCUCACAUUAUACUGGAAGUCGAAGGAUGGAGUGAAUCCCAUUGUUGUUCAAGAAAUCACCAUUUGCACGGUCGUCGACGUGGUGCUCAGCGCUCUGCCUGAGCCUACCAAAUAUCAGGCCGUGAUCAAGAUGCAACCGACGGCCGAGGCUCCAAAACUCAGCGAUCUUCUCGCGGCCAACGUCGAGAAAUUGGGGACAGACGGUGAAGCUUCGAUCAGCAAUGAAGACAAUGUGCUCGACAUGCGAGCUGAGACGAUCUUCGCCGAUCUGGGUUCAUUAUUAUGUUUUCAUAUU